UUCGCUGCCCCUCCGAGCAAGUCUGUGCAAGAGGGUGAGUGCGGAGGGCUUGGGUUGGGCUUAUCUGGGGGCUUGAGAUAAGAGGGGGAGCCCCAGGCGGGAACAGAACCCGGAGCGGCCCAGAAGGAACUGUCGGGUGGCGCGGGCAUCCCGGUCUCCUUGUGGGUCCUGCUCCGGUGGAGCUGGUGUCUGUUAAACAGAGCACUCGCGGUUUCCCUUGGGAGGGCUGGACUCGCCCGCUGCAGAAACUCAGCGUUUCUGUUGUGACUUGAGGGUCAUCUCGUCCCCGCGCCGCGCCGCUGUUACACCGUGGCUUCUGCAUUUCACCCUUAGUGACAUCAAACCAUGAGCGAACCGGCAGUGGUCCUUGGUCCCUCUUUUAUCACAAUGGGGAUGGUGAGAGGUGUUUUGCUUGUGGUUUACUAGUCUUCUGUCCCUUUCUUAGGGCUGGUCUCAGGCCUGCAUGGCUCCUCUCAUAUGCUUCAUUUCUCACUUUAACAUGGACUACUUUUUACUACGUCUGCAAGUCUUGCUUUUAAACUAAGAUUAUGGGAAAAGGUUACCAAAAAAAGAAAGAAAAAAAAGGAGCACUAAAGAUGGAAAAUUGUAAUGACUCUGGCAACAACAGUUAACAUAGUGGCAUUUUACCAUUUACUACAUUAUAUCAUUUAAAUAUAAUUGAGGCUGUGAAGUAGAUGUUAUCAUCUGUUCAUUCAUUCCGUUCAGUAUGUACUUCUUGCAUCCCCAACUUUGUGCCAGGCACAGUCCUAGACGUUGAUCAAGAUCAAGAUGAGACUGCGUCCAGGAGUUUAUGUUACAGUUGGGGGACACUAGGAAACUAAUAAUUUCUGAUAGUGGACACAAGCAGAAGAUAUGAAAACAAGGCUGGCAGCUUCAUCACUGGAAUCGAUGUCACCUCCAAGGAAGCAAUUGAAAAGAAAGAACAGCGAGCCAAGCGCUUCCAUUUUCGAUCAGAAGUAAAUCUUGCCCAAAGAAAUGUAGCCUUGGACCGCGACAUGAUGAAGAAAGCAAUCCCCAAAGUGAGACUGGAGACAAUCUACAUUUGUGGAGUAGAUGAAAUGAGUACCCAGGAUGUCUUUUCCUAUUUUAAAGAAUAUCCUCCGGCUCACAUUGAGUGGCUGGAUGAUACCUCCUGUAAUGUGGUUUGGUUGGAUGAAAUGACAGCCACCCGAGCCCUUAUCAAUAUGAGUUCUCUGCCAGCCCUGGAUAAGAUAAGAAGCAGGGAUGCCAGUGAGGACAAGUCAUUGGAGAAAAGUAAAAAAGAGAAGCAGGAAGACAGUUCUGAUGAUGAUGAGGCUGAAGAAGGAGAAGUUGAAGAUGAGAACUCAAGUGAUGUAGAGUUGGACACAUUGUCUCAGGUAGAAGAAGAGUCUCUGCUAAGAAACGAUCUUCGUCCAGCUAACAAACUUGCUAAAGGAAAUAGGUUAUUCAUGCGAUUUGCUACAAAAGAUGACAAAAAGGAACUUGGAGCAGCGAGAAGAAGUCAGUAUUACAUGAAAUAUGGGAAUCCAAAUUAUGGAGGCAUGAAAGGAAUUCUUAGUAAUUCUUGGAAGCGAAGAUACCAUUCCCGUCGCAUUCAGCGGGAUGUGAUCAAGAAGAGAGCCCUGAUUGGGGACGACGUUGGCUUGACGUCCUAUAAACACCGACAUUCCGGACUAGUGAAUGUUCCCGAGGAACCCAUUGAAGAGGAGGAAGAGGAGGAGGAGGAGGAGGAGGAGGACCAGGACAUGGAUGCGGACGACAGGGUGGUGGUGGAGUACCAUGAGGAGCUCCCUGCCCUCAAGCAGACCCGGGAGCGGAGCACAUCCAGGCGGUCCAGUGCCAGCAGCUCAGAUUCUGAUGAGAUGGACUAUGAUCUAGAACUGAAAAUGAUCUCCACUCCUUCACCAAAGAAGAGCAUGAAAAUGACGAUGUAUGCCGACGAAGUGGAAUCUCAGCUGAAAAGUAUCAGGAACUCCAUGAGGGCAGAUACUCUAUCCACAAGCAAUAUAAAAAACCGCAUUGGUAACAAAUUGCCAUCUGAGAAAUUUGCAGAUGUCCGACAUUUGUUAGAUGAAAAGCGUCAGCACACACGUCCACGGCCACCCAGCAGCAGUACUAAAACAGAUAUACGCCAGCGAUUAGGAAAAAGACCAUAUUCUCCAGAAAAGGCUUUUAGUAGUAACCCAGUCGUUCGGAGAGAGCCCUUUUCUGAUGUACAUAGUAGGCUAGGUGUUCCCAGGCAAGAUGUUAAAGGCCUCUACUCUGAUACUCGGGAGAAGAAAUCAGGUAAUUUAUGGACUCGCUUAGGAUCUGCACCCAAGACCAAAGAAAAGAGCACGAAGAAGGUGGAUCACAGGGCGCCCGGCACAGAGGAAGAUGACUCCGAGCUGCAAAGGGCAUGGGGGGCUCUGAUUAAGGAGAAAGAACAGUCUCGCCAAAAGAAGAGCCGCUGUUACCAGCACCCUUUUCCCAAGAAAAGUCAAUUCCCAGGUGCUUAUUGGACAGCCUUCGAGGGGGAAGAUGAGGGAAGCUGCCAGCUCACCCUUCCAGGACCCUAGUGUGGGGGCCGAAUCUCAUGGACCUGACCUCAGAGGUGCACCCGUGCCGCCCAGGUAGAUAAGAGCCGCAGCGUCGCUCGCCCUUCGUUCCUCCCUGGGGAUUUCUGUCAGGGGCCUCGUUAGCGAUCAGCUUGAAGUGAAGAUCAAGUUCAGUGCUGUGGGAUUUUUAGGAACAAAAAACUGUGACUUCUGGAUUGGGGGUGGAUUCUUGUGCUAGGGGUGGGGUCAUGGGUUAAUGUUGAACAAUUUUUAAGUCUGUAUUAUGUUGAAAAAAUAUUAAUGAUUUAAAAGUU